AAGACGCCCAGGCACGUCGCGCGCGCGGCAGCGGAGCACUGCGGGGGACAGCGGCUGUUGCUCGGGGAUGAUGUAAUGUUGCUCCGGAUGGCGGUGUGCGCCAGGCUCUGCGGAGCGGGACAGUCGCGGCGCUGCAGGCGGCGGCAGAGGCACAGCCAGCCGCAUCGGGACAGCGACUCUGACAUGGACAUGGACGAGGAGGAGGAAGAGGAGAGGGUCGUGGGCAAACCGAAAGACGAGUCCGAUUGCGGCAGCAGCUGUCACAGCAGCGGAGCCGGUGUCCUCGGGCCGCCGCGCCCGCAGUCACUGCUGGAUCUUCCGCCGGAGCUCCUGGUGGAGAUCUUCUCCUCUCUGCCCGGCGCUGCGCUGCCCAACCUGGCGCUGGUGUGCAAGAAAUUCAGGCAGAUCCUGAACACGGAAACGAUCUGGAGGAGGAGAUGUACCGAGGAAUUCGGUAUGAGAGAUGACCUGCGGAAGAUGGAGAUCGUGGGCAUGUCGAGCCGAGAUCUGUAUGUGAAACGUGUGAACCCGCAGGUGAAGUCGGGACGCUUUAUGAAGCUCCUCCCUGAUUAUGAGCACAUGGACUAUCGGGACGUGUACACACACUUGUUAUAUCCUUAUAGAAACAUCCUGGGCCUCUGGCAGCCUGAUAUCGGGCCCUAUGGAGGACUGCUGAAUGUGGUGGUUGACGGGCUGUUCAUCAUAGGCUGGAUGUAUUUACCGCCCCAUGAUCCCCGUGUGGAGGACCCCAUGCGUAGACGGCCGCUCUUCCGCAUUCAUAUGUGGGAGAAAAACAAAGCCAUGGUAGAAUGCAUGUAUGGACACAAGGGCCCUCAUAAAGGAGACAUCCAGACUGUGAAGAAAGAUGAAUUUUCCACCAAAUGCAACCAGACCGAUCACCAUCGAAUGCCUGGAGGAAGGCAAGAGGAGUUCAGAACGUGGUUGGAGGAUGAAUGGGGAAGAACACUGGAGGACAUUUUCCACGAGCACAUGCAGGAGUUGAUCCUCAUGAAGUUCAUUUACACCAGCCAAUACGAUAAUUGCCUGACGUACCGGCGGAUUUAUCUGCCCCCGUGCCUCCCGUCAGACCUGCUGAAGCCGGGCCUCUUCAAAGGGACGUACGGCAGUCACGGCCUGGAGAUCAUCAUGCUGAGCUUCCACGGCUCCAAGGCCAAAGUCACCAAACUUACCGGUGACCCCAAUGUCCCAGCAGGUCAGCUGACGUUAGAAAUUGACCUGAACCGGCCGCUGCGUCUGCCGGACCUGGAGCACCAGCGGAGCAUGGAAGAGCUCUCUCGUCUGGUGCUGGGGGUGCACGAGGAGGUCCAGAGGGGUCUACAGGCCCAGGACGCCCCACCAGAGCCUGCAGAGGCAGCAGAGGGCUCAGAUACGGCUCCCCCUGCUGGAGUGGAGGACGUGGAGCUGGGAGCUGCUGCCUGCAGCUCUGCAUCUGAAGCGCAGCCGUUUGUGCUGCCUCUGGGAGUCAUGGCCCGUAAUGAAGUGUAUCCUCGCACCUGCAAGAUGUGUUUUUAUGGAACAGGCCUGAUCGCCGGCCACGGCUUCACGAGUCCAGAGCGCACGCCGGGGCUGUUCAUCCUGUUCGAUGACGACCGCUUUGGCUUCAUCUGGCUGGAGCUCAAGUCCUUCAGUCUGUACAGUCGGCUGACCGACCAGCUGUCCCACGCUCAGGCCCCCAGCAUGGAGCGCUUCGAGGCCAUGCUCCGCAACAUGCAGUCAUGGACAUCCUGAUAGCAAACCUCACACUACCUUUCUCAUCAGGCACAUCCUCUGCUGACACACACACACACACACACACACACACUUCUGCUCGCAUCCGCACAGGUGUAUUUAAGCCACAUGCCCAUACAGUAUUUAUAUCAGGCCUUUCUUAUCAGCUUUUUAAUUAAUUUAUUUUUGUAACCUGGAAAUGGCGAUGAAGACGACAACAAUGUGAACAUCCGCAUAUAAAUAAUCUUAGAAGUGUUUGUCCUCAGUGUGGCAACAUCUGCGGUUGCUUUUAAAUGAUUUUAUUCAGUUUAUUUCUUUAGUUAUAUUAGAAGUCCACACCAUAUUUGGAAAGACUUCCAUUUUUUUUUCCGCCAGUGUUCACUGAAAACCAAUGACUUCCAGCCGCUUUGUCACUGCAAAUGUUGUCAGUUUUAUCACAUCCUUUAACAUUUACACUA